UUUGUCUUGUGGUGGGGGUCAAAUUGAAGAGGUGUGAUAGUAAGAUUGUAUAAGAGGGGAGUUAAUCUCAAAAACAAUGGCUGCAAGUAUUAUUCAACUUUCUCGUGCUGGACGGAGCGGAGCCGGUCAACUUAAGUCGUUGCCAGACAUAAUUAAACCUUUGUGUUCACAUUUCUCCACUAGUGCAAAAAUGAGCAGCGCUGAGGGGUAUAGAAUUGAAGCAGACACAUUUGGAGAGCUGAAAGUUCCCAACGACAAAUAUUAUGGUGCUCAGACUGUUCGAUCUGUCAUGAACUUUCCAAUUGGAGGAGAAACUGAACGAAUGCCUUACCCUGUAAUCACAGCCAUGGGUACCCUGAAGAAGGCAGCAGCUCUUGUCAACAAGGAGUAUGGUCUGGACCCUAAAAUUGCUGAUGCUAUCAGUCAAGCUGCUGAUGAGGUCAUCUCUGGCAAGCUGUACAAUGACCACUUCCCUCUUGUCAUCUGGCAGACUGGCUCCGGCACCCAAAGUAACAUGAACACCAACGAGGUAAUCAGCAACCGGGCGAUAGAAAUUCUUGGAGGCAAAUUGGGCUCAAAGACACCCGUCCACCCCAAUGACCAUGUGAACAAGAGUCAGAGCAGCAAUGAUACAUUUCCCACCGCCAUGCAUAUCGCAGUGGCAGUCGAAAUUAAUCGCCUUCUGCUGCCCAACCUCAAACAGCUGCAUGAUGCCCUUGAUGUCAAAGCCAAAGCUUUCAAGGACAUUAUCAAGAUUGGCAGGACCCAUACACAGGAUGCCACCCCUCUGACGUUGGGUCAGGAGUUCAGUGGUUAUGUGACUCAGAUCGCCUUCGGUAUCGAGAGGAUCAAGGACACCCUGCCCCGUCUGUACAACCUUGCACUGGGUGGUACCGCUGUCGGAACUGGGCUCAACACCCGCAUUGGUUUUGCAGAGAAAUGUGCAGCCAAGAUCAGCGAACUGACCAAAUUGCCAUUCAAGUCAGCACCAAACAAGUUUGAGGCCCUGGCUGCCCAUGAUGCUAUGGUGGAAGUGUCUGGGGCUCUCAAUGUGGUGGCUGUGAGUCUGAUGAAGAUUGCCAAUGAUAUCAGGUUCCUGGCGUCUGGACCUCGCUGCGGUCUGGGGGAAAUCAGCCUGCCUGAGAACGAGCCUGGCAGCAGCAUCAUGCCAGGCAAGGUGAACCCGACCCAGUGUGAGGCCAUCACAAUGGUGGCAGCGCAGGUGAUGGGUAACCAUGUAGCAGUGACAGUGGGUGGCAGUAAUGGACACUUUGAGCUUAACGUAUUCAAGCCUAUGAUUGUGGCCAAUGUACUGCGUUCUGUACGACUGAUUGGUGAUAGUUCCCUGGCAUUUACCACCAACUGUGUCCAAGGUAUUGAGGCCAACAAGGACCGCAUCAGUAAACUGCUGCACGAGAGUCUCAUGUUGGUCACUGCACUCAACCCGCAUAUUGGCUAUGACAAGGCUGCCAAGAUUGCUAAGACAGCCCACAAGGAAGGUGCUACAUUGAAACAAACUGCACUCAAGCUGGGCUACCUUACAGAGGAAGAAUUCGACAAGUGGGUGCGACCCGAAGACAUGUUGGGGCCCAAGUGAACAGAUCAUGCUCCCUAGUUGGGAACCAGUUACCAUAAAUUCAUAUUUCGGGUGUAAUAUGCUUCAGACUGUCUUGUUGCAUUAUGCCAUGACCAGUGUAACUGAAAAGCUUAGUAACUGUAUCUUACUAAACACAUCAUCGGCAUGAAUGUUGUUAUAGGUAAACCUCCACAAUAUUUCCAAUACUCAAGAAAUAUCUUUGUAUAAUUUCAAAAUUAAAUAUCCCCUCUUUUUUUGUAAAUAUUUAAUUGAAACUGAUAAAUUGUAAAUAAACUGUUGGUAUGUAUUGUAAA